AUGGUUUCCACUCAGGCCGAAGCCGCUUUCAAAGCCGAAUUGGAAAAGACGGCUUACGAAAAGUGAGUAAACUCUUGGGGAACUCUUACCAAACACUGAUGUAAAUUUGCAUGAAACCGUUUUGUGGGAGAGGGAACUAUGAAAAUAAUUAGUUUUGUGGAGUGUGAGUGCCGUGAGUGGUUGUGACGAAACAAAAGAAAUGAAGGCUUGCUGCAAGGGAUGUCAUGAAUUCAGGUGUUGUUGUAGAUGUGGCUCGAAUAAAAUAUUUUUUUAGACAGGAGCAGAAGAAUGAGUAUCUCCAUGCCGCCACCAACCUGGAGCAUCUUUGCCAUCUCAAUAUCCGAGAGCCCCCUCACUCCGUCAGGAAGACCGGGAUCAUCUGCACCAUUGGUCCCGCUUGCCGUUCCGUGGACAUGCUACAGAAGAUGAUUGUGAAUGGGAUGAACAUCGCUCGAAUGAAUUUCUCUCAUGGGUCUCAUGAAUAUCAUGCCGAGACUAUCAAGAAUGUCCGUGAAGCCGCCAAGACCUUCACUGAGGAGAGAAUUAUCGCAAUCGCUCUGGAUACCAAGGGUCCUGAAAUCAGAACUGGACUUCUGAUUGGCGGUGGAUCUGCGGAAAUCGAGUUGGUUAAGAAUUCCAGCAUUAGAUUGACCACCGACAAGAAGUUUGAGGAGACUGGGACUGCCUCUAACCUCUUUGUCGACUAUGUCAACAUCACCAAGGUCUGCCAAGUUGGAUCCAAAGUCUUCAUCGACGAUGGGUUGAUCUCCCUGAUCGUCAACGAAGUCAGUAAGUAAUUCUUUUUGAGGAUUUAAGCUUUUCUAAAAUUUAGGUGAAGAUGCUUUGGUAUGUACGGUAGAGAACGGCGGAAUGUUGGGAUCUAGAAAGGGAGUUAACCUUCCCGGGACACCCGUUGACCUCCCUGCUGUCUCGGAGAAAGACAUCAAGGAUUUGAAAUUCGGCGUGGAACAAGGGGUGGACAUGAUCUUCGCCUCUUUCAUCAGGAAUGCUGAUGGUGUUAGAACUAUCCGCAAGAUCCUCGGAGAAGAAGGAAAGAAGAUUAAGAUCAUCUCUAAGAUCGAGAACCAAGAGGGAGUAGACAAUGUAGAUGAGAUCAUUGCCGCUUCUGAUGGUGUCAUGGUCGCUCGAGGAGAUCUUGGAAUUGAAAUUCCUGCUGAAAAAGUAUUCUUGGCCCAGAAAAUGAUGAUCAGCAAGUGUAAUCGCGCUGGGAAAUCGGUGAUUUGCGCUACACAGAUGUUGGAAUCCAUGGUCCACAAGCCUCGCCCAACUCGUGCCGAAGGUUCUGAUGUUGCUAACGCCGUUUUGGAUGGAGCUGAUUGUGUUAUGCUGAGUGGGGAAACCGCCAAGGGUGAAUAUCCAUUGGAGGCCCUCAAGAUUAUGCAUUAUGUAUGUUUAGUACUAAAUUUUUGAAAUAUUUUUUAUUACCUUGCGUUUACCCAUUGCUUUUAGAUCUGCAAAGAAGCCGAGUCUGCUGUCUUCCACAUCAAGUUCGUUGAGGAGCUGACCCGUCUGACCCCCAGACCCACUGACAGUUCCCACACCAUCGCGAUUGCUGCCACUUCUGCUGCAUCAGCAUGCCAUGCCAGCGCAAUCGUUCUUUUGACUACUAGUGGAAGGUGAGAAUUAAAUUUGGGGUGUUUAGUAACCGUCUUGCUUUUCAGAUCCGCGGAAUUAUGUUCUCGCUUCAAGCCCCAAGUCCCGAUCAUUGCAGUCUCAAGAAACGCCCAGACCGCGCGCCAACUCCAUCUCUACCGCGCCGUUUUCCCAUUGUUCUACAGCAAAGAGAGAAUCCCAGAAUGGGCUGCUGAUGUUGACGCUCGUAUCAAUUAUGGUAUCUCUAUUGGCCAAGAAAGAGGAUUCGUUCACAAGGGAGAUCCAAUCGUGGUGAUCACUGGUUGGAAGGAGGGCUCCGGCUACACCAACACUGUUCGCAUCAUCACCGCCCCUUAG